GUCAAAACAUGUAAACUACAAUCUACAUUAUAAAUACUGAACAAUUCCCUUUCAUUAAUCUCAACAAACCCAAGAAAACUUUAGAUACACUACAACACGAAAACAAAAAAAGAAGAUCAGAAAAUGUUGUCGACUGCAAAGCUUUUCUUCCUCUGUUUCUUAGGUAUCAUUCUGCUCGGAGGCGUAACGCCGAGCCAUGCCGCAACUCGUCGCUAUCGGUUUGUGCUGGGGAAUUCUAAUCACUCUAGGAUGUGUACCAACAAGACAAUGCUGACGAUAAAUGGGCAGUUCCCGGGCCCAACCAUAUAUGCUAGAAGAGGAGAUCUCGUCAUAGUCGAUGUUAUCAACAGUGCAGACCAUAAUAUAACCAUCCACUGGCAUGGAGUGAAAAUGCCGCGAUAUCCAUGGGCAGACGGCCCCGAGUUCGUGACACAGUGCCCCAUCAGCCCCGGCACGAGCUUCAGGCAACGGGUCGUCCUCUCCGACGAGGAAGGCACUCUGUGGUGGCACGCUCACAGCGAGUGGUAUCGGAAUUCUGUCUACGGCGCCUUCAUUAUUCUGCCGCCCAGGACAGAGACAUAUCCUUUCGCUAAGCCUCAUGCUGAAGUUCCCAUCUUACUAGGAGACUGGUUUCAUGGCGACGUGCAGGAAAUCAUGGAGACAUUCCUCGCCACCGGCGGCGAUCCAGAAGUUUCCGAUGGUUUCCUCAUCAACGGCCAACCUGGCGACUUGUAUCCAUGCUCAAGCCAAGACACAUUCAAGCUGAGGGUGGAGCCGGGAAAAACCUAUAUGAUCAGACUAGUAAACGCGGUGAUGAACAACAUCAUGUUCUUCAGGAUCGCCAACCACAAUGUGACCGUGGUGGCCACCGACGCCGCCUACACGAAACCCCUGCGCUCCGACUACGUCGCCAUCUCCCCGGGGCAGACCAUCGACCUCCUCUUCGUGGCCAACCAGCCCCCCAGCCGCUACUACAUGGCCGCCAGAGUCUACUCCAGCGGCGGCGACUUCGACAACACCACCACCACCGGCAUCAUCGAGUACGUGGGAAACUACACCCCUCCGGCCACGCCGGCCCUCCCGUCCUUCCCGCCGUUCAACAGCACGGCCGCGUCCCACAACUUCACCUCCCAAUUAAGAAGCCUGGCCAACGCAAAAUACCCCAUCGACGUCCCCAGAAAUAUGUCGGACAUCCUGUUCUUCACCCUCUCCAUCAAUCUCCGGCCCUGCCCCAACGAUUCCUGCGCGGGGCCCUUCGCGGAGCGGCUGAUGGCGAGCAUCAACAACAUAACGCUGCAGCUGCCCAAGACCGACUUCCUUCAGGCCUACUACCGGCGACUCAGCGGCGUCUACACGACGGAUUUCCCCGAUAACCCGGGCUUCGUCUUCAACUACACCCAAACAACAAUACCCAGGGAUCUGGCAAGGCCGCAGAACGGGACGGCGGUCAACAUUCUCGACUUCAAUGCCACGGUGGAGCUCGUCUUCCAAGGGACCAACCUCGCCGGAGGGAUUGACCACCCCAUGCAUUUGCACGGCUACAGCUUCUACGUCGUCGGAUCCGGCUUCGGGAACUUCAACCGGACCCGGGACCCGCCCAAUUAUAACCUCGUCGACCCGCCGUUGAUGGAGACCAUCGCCGUGCCGGAAAAUGGAUGGACGGCGAUUAGGUUUAAGGCUAACAAUCCAGGAGUGUGGUUCAUGCACUGCCAUUUCGAGCGUCACGUGAGCUGGGGAAUGGGGAUGGUGUUUAUCGUUAGGGACGGGCCAGGCGCCAACGAGAAGAUGCUGCCGCCGCCACCGGAUAUGCCUCGCUGUUAAUUCAUUAUUUUUUACUCCUCUUAUAUUUUUGGGACGACCUGGAAACACACAGUAAACCAAAAUUAGUCGUAAAUAAUCCAGUCGAGUCAACCCUAAAAGUUGAUGUAUUGGCCUCUUGUUUUUAUGUUGUUCUUUUAUUUGUAACGCGUUUCGUGUUUUCGUUAAUACAUGUCGAUCGGGAUGAAUUUUCAUUUGUUGUAAUGAAAUAAAAGUCUU